AUGCCAAAAAGACACUUUAGAACAGGAAAGGUCAGAUACCACACAACUCCAAAAGUUGAAAAAAUCAACACUGAACACAAAUACAAGGGAGGAAAGCACAAAUUUCUAAUCACCAAUGAACAAUCCAAAGUGUCACAAUUUGAUAAUUACAAUAAUGCUGAUCGAUAUCAAAGAUUGGAGCUAAUUUCUGCUCUUAAAUACGAAACCCUACUAAAGAAUCAAAUGAAGGAUAUUAGAAAGAGAAACUCAACGGAUACGAAUCAUAAGAAAUGGCAUAGAAAUCAUCCAAAAGAUGGAUUUUAUAAUUCUAGACAAGUUUUUGAUUAG